AUGCGUCUCGACAAGAGGCUUAUCAGUACUCAGUUGACAGCCGACCUACGAAUGAGCUCUUUUCACGGCCUCCCUACAGCGUCGUUAAGCCAUCAAAUCCCAAAUUGGCUCUGUUCACUUGGCCAUCUGUCCGUGCGUCCAGGAUCAGAGGGAGGACUGGUCAUGACGUUAGAUUUGGACACAACUCCAUUUGGAGGCCUGUGGCAGCCCAUGCGCCCAUUGACCUCUCUGAAUGCAUGCUUGUAA